UUUUGUUAGGUGAACACCAGGGGUUUCCGGUUAAAUAUGUUUUGAAAGAUUUUGAAAGCUGGAGCGAGAGAUUGGCAGACAUGUCCACGCUGUUCCCCUCGCUCUUCCCCCGGAUAACGGAGUCCCUGUGGUUCAACCUCGACCGACCCUGCGUGGACGAGACCGAGCUGCACCAGCAAGAGCAGCAGCACCAAACCUGGCUGCAGAGCAUUGCAGAGAAAGACAACAACCUUAUGCCCAUCGGGAAACCUAUUUUUGAGGCGGGAUACGACGAAGAGGAAGAGGAGGAUGACGAGGAUGAGGAGGACAGCGAGGAAGACUCUGAAGACGAAGAAGACAUGCAGGACAUGGAUGAGAUGAAUGACUACAACGAGUCACCUGAUGACGGCGAGAUCAAUGAGGUUGACAUGGAGGGACCAGAUCAAGACCAAGACCAAUGGAUGAUUUAAGACAAAUGACAAUUAUAUUCUCCAUCAAGCUGUCUGGCACUGGAUUUCUACUCCCCACUUAAAACAUGACUGCUGCCCCUCUUGCCUGUUACACAGAUAUAUUUGUUUUAUUUGUAUAACAGGAAAAGAACAUAGUAGAAUCAAAGCUUGUAUCAAUGAGUCCUUCAGAGGGAGGGAAUCCAGCACAAAGUGUCUUGUUUCAAACUGCAGUUGGCCUGUGAAGGCUUUGGGCGUCGUUGGACAUCACUGUGAGUGCUUCUACCUGACACACACACACACACACGCACACGCACACGCACACACACACACACACACACACACACACACACAGACACACAAGGUCUUGCUGUUUUGUAACCAGUCGGACACACACCUGCACAGAGGUAUCAGUAGGCAUCAGCCCAGUGAGUUCUGAUUUAACCUUUGACCGUGUCAUAUCUUCAGUCAGGUGCCACUUCUCUCGGAGAGCCUUCAAGCAGCUGACUGAGUAAAAACAACAGUUCAGUCAGCUAAAUAAUGUGUUACCUAUAAAGGAGACUGACCGAUACUUCACCAUACAGUAUCAUUCUGUUUCAUAGUGUUGUCUAUGGUGCUAAUCUUCUGUUACCUUCAUAAACGCUCAUAAAAUAGUAUUAUAUUAAGACAAUUCAUCAGUCUUUAUUGAAAUACAUUGUUAUGUUUUUUUUAACCAUGUCAAAGGAUCAAGCAACCGUUACUUUUUAAAGAAUGUCAAUUGAAAUAUGAAGACACUCAUAAUGUCCAUCCAAAUACUUAAAGGAUUGCUUGCCGAGGUUUUGGUUGUUUGUACUGAAAUGAACAGAAGCCUUGACUUUUUUUUAAAUUAAAUGAAAUAAUUUUGAUGACACUA